UGGCAGCAGUCGGGAGGAGUCGCCGGGGCCGAAGCCGCACUUGUUAGUGUUGGGGGAGGAGGGGGCCGGGGACGCGGACACCUUCAGCCGGGGCCGCCGCGGAGAAGGCGGGAGGGGGUUGGGGGCGAGACCAGGCUCCGACCCCCAGCCGAGGGGAUGAGGGGAACAUGGGCGCCAAGGAGUCACGGAUCGGAUUCCUCAGCUACGAGGAGGCACUGAGGAGAGUUACAGAUGUAGAGCUCAAACGACUCAAAGAUGCCUUCAAGAGGACCUGUGGACUCUCAUAUUACAUGAGCCAGCACUGCUUCAUCAGGGAAGUGCUUGGGGAUGGAGUACCUCCUAAAGUUGCAGAGGUGAUUUACUGUUCUUUUGGUGGAACAUCCAAAGGGCUGCACUUUAAUAACUUAAUAGUUGGACUUGUCCUCCUUACAAGAGGCAAAGAUGAAGAGAAAGCAAAAUAUAUUUUUAGUCUUUUUUCAAGUGAAUCUGGGAGCUAUAUUAUACGGGAAGAAAUGGAAAGAAUGCUCCACGUGGUGGAUGGUAAAGUCCCAGAUACACUCAAGAAGUGUUUCUCAGAGGGUGAAAAGGUGAACUAUGAAAAAUUUAGAAAUUGGCUUCUUUUAAACAAAGAUGCUUUUACUUUCUCUCGCUGGCUGCUAUCUGGAGGCGUGUAUGUUACCCUCACUGAUGACAGUGAUACUCCUACUUUCUACCAAACUCUGGCUGGAGUCACACAUUUGGAGGAAUCAGACAUCAUUGAUCUUGAGAAACGUUAUUGGCUACUGAAGGCUCAAUCUCGGACUGGACGGUUUGAUUUAGAAACCUUUGGCCCAUUGGUUUCACCACCUAUUCGCCCUUCUCUAAGUGAAGGUUUAUUUAAUGCUUUUGAUGAAAAUCGUGACAAUCACAUAGACUUCAAGGAGAUAUCCUGUGGGUUAUCAGCCUGUUGCAGAGGCCCUCUGGCUGAAAGACAGAAAUUUUGCUUCAAGGUGUUUGAUGUUGACCGAGAUGGAGUUCUCUCCAGGGAUGAACUGAAAGACAUGGUGGUUGCACUUUUAGAGGUCUGGAAGGAUAACCGCACUGAUAAUAUCCCUGAAUUACAUAUGGAUCUCUCUGACAUUGUAGAAGGCAUAUUGAAUGCACAUGAUACCACAAAGAUAGGCCAUCUUACUCUGGAAGACUAUCAGAUCUGGAGUGUGAAAAAUGUUCUUGCCAAUGAAUUUUUGAAUCUCCUCUUCCAGGUAUGUCAUAUAGUUCUGGGAUUAAGACCAGCUACUCCAGAAGAAGAAGGACAAAUUAUUAGAGGAUGGUUAGAACGAGAAAGCAGGUAUGGUCUGCAGCCAGGACACAAUUGGUUUAUCAUCUCCAUGCAUUGGUGGCAACAGUGGAAAGAAUAUGUCAAAUACGAUGCCAACCCUGUUGUAAUUGAGCCAUCAUCAGUUAUAAAUGGAGGAAAAUUUUCAUUUGGAACAGCAAUACACCCUAUGGAACAGGGUGAAGAUAAAGUCAGUAGUAACCUCAGUUAUGUGAGUACUACAGAAGAGAAAUUUUCAGACAACAUUUCUUCUGCAUCUGAAGCCUCAGAAUCUGCUGGCAGUGGCUUUCUGUAUUCUGCCACACCAGGGGCAGAUAUGUGCUUUGCUCGGCAACAUAAUACUUCCGACAAUAACAACCAGUGUUUAUUAGGAGCCAAUGGAAGUAUUCUUUUGCACCUUAAUCCUCAGAAACCAGGAGCUAUUGAUAAUCAGCCUCUAGUAACCCAAGAACCAGUAAAGGCUACAUCAUUAACACUAGAAGGAGGACGAUUAAAACAAACUCCACAGCUGAUUCAUGGAAGAGAUUAUGAAAUGGUCCCAGAACCUGUGUGGAGAGCACUUUAUCAUUGGUAUGGAGCAAACCUGGCCCUCCCUAGACCAGUAAUCAAGAAUAGCAAGACCAACAUGCCAGAGCUAGAAUUAUUUCCCCGCUAUCUUCUCUUCCUGCGACAGCAGCCUGCCACUCGGACACAACAGUCUAACAUCUGGGUGAAUAUGGGUAUGAUGAGCCUGAGAAUGUUUCCUCAGCAUUUACCUAGAGGAAAUGUACCUUCUCCAAAUGCUCCGCUAAAGCGAGUACUCGCCUAUACAGGCUGUUUUAGUAGAAUGCAAACCAUCAAGGAAAUUCAUGAAUAUCUGUCUCAAAGGCUUCGAAUCAAAGAAGAAGAUAUGCGCCUGUGGCUGUACAAUAGUGAGAACUACCUUACUCUUCUGGAUGACGAGGAUCAUAGGUUGGAAUAUUUGAAAAUCCAGGAUGAGCAGCACCUAGUAAUUGAAGUUCGCAAUAAAGAUAUGAGCUGGCCUGAAGAAAUGUCCUUUAUAGCAAACAGUAGUAAAAUAGAUAGACACAAAGUUCCCACAGAAAAGGGAGCCACAGGUCUGAGCAACCUGGGAAACACAUGCUUCAUGAACUCAAGCAUCCAGUGUGUUAGUAACACACAACCACUGACGCAGUAUUUUAUCUCAGGGAGACAUCUUUAUGAACUCAACAGAACAAAUCCCAUUGGUAUGAAAGGGCAUAUGGCUAAAUGCUAUGGUGAUUUGGUGCAAGAACUUUGGAGUGGAACUCAGAAGAAUGUUGCCCCAUUAAAGCUUCGGUGGACCAUAGCAAAAUAUGCUCCCAGGUUUAAUGGGUUCCAGCAACAAGACUCUCAAGAACUCUUGGCAUUUCUCUUGGAUGGUCUUCAUGAAGAUCUCAACCGAGUCCACGAGAAGCCAUAUGUGGAACUCAAGGACAGUGAUGGCCGACCCGAUUGGGAAGUAGCUGCAGAGGCCUGGGACAACCAUCUGAGGAGAAAUAGAUCAAUUGUUGUAGACUUGUUUCAUGGGCAGCUAAGAUCCCAAGUCAAAUGCAAGACAUGUGGGCAUAUAAGUGUCCGAUUUGAUCCUUUCAAUUUUUUGUCUUUGCCACUACCAAUGGACAGUUAUAUGCAUUUAGAAAUAACAGUAAUUAAGUUAGAUGGUACUACCCCCAUACGAUAUGGACUCAGACUGAACAUGGAUGAAAAGUACACAGGUUUGAAAAAGCAGCUGAGUGAUCUCUGUGCACUAAAAUCAGAACAAAUCCUUCUUGCAGAAGUGCAUAGUUCCAACAUAAAGAACUUCCCUCAGGACAAUCAAAAAGUUCGACUUUCAGUGAGUGGAUUUUUGUGUGCAUUUGAAAUUCCCAUUCCUGCUUCUCCAGUUUCAGCUUGUAGUCCAGUACAAACAGAUUGCUCCUCUUCUCCAUCUACAAAUGGACUUUUUACCCUGACUACCAAUGGAGACCUGCCUCGACCAUUAUUCAUCCCCAAUGGAAUGCCAAACACGGUUGUGCCAUGUGGAACUGAGAAGAACUUGACAAAUGGAACAGCGAAUGAUCAUAUGUCACCUCUUUCUGAUGACCCCUUUACAGGCUACAUCAUUGCAGUCCACCGAAAAAUGAUGAGGACAGAACUGUAUUUCCUGUCAUCUCAGAAGAAUCGCCCCAGCCUCUUUGGAAUGCCACUGAUUGUUCCAUGUACUGUGCAUACCCGGAAGAAAGAUCUCUAUGAUGCAGUUUGGAUUCAAGUAUCUCGAUUAGCCAGUCCACUCCCACCUCAGGAAGCUAGUAAUCAUGCUCAGGAUUGUGAUGACAGCAUGGGCUAUCAGUAUCCAUUCACUCUACGAGUUGUACAGAAAGAUGGGAAUUCCUGUGCUUGGUGCCCGUGGUAUAGAUUCUGCAGAGGCUGUAAAAUUGAUUGUGGGGAAGACAGAGCCUUCAUUGGAAAUGCCUGUAUUGCUGUGGAUUGGGAUCCCACAGCUCUUCACCUACGUUAUCAAACAUCACAGGAAAGAGUUGUAGAGGAGCAUGAGAGUGUGGAGCAGAGUCGGCGAGCACAAGCUGAGCCUAUCAACCUGGAUAGCUGUCUCCGUGCCUUCACCAGUGAGGAAGAGCUAGGGGAAAAUGAAAUGUACUACUGUUCCAAGUGUAAGACUCACUGUUUGGCAACUAAGAAGCUAGAUCUCUGGAGGCUUCCUCCGAUCCUGAUUAUUCACCUUAAACGAUUUCAGUUUGUAAAUGGACGGUGGAUAAAAUCACAGAAAAUUGUUAAAUUUCCUCGUGAAAGUUUUGACCCUAGUGCUUUUUUGGUACCAAGAGACCCAGCUCUCUGUCAACAUAAAACACUCACACCCCAGGGGGAUGACAUCCCUGAGCCAAGGAUUCCAUCUGGAGAGAUGAAGAAGGUGGACACCCAGAGCUCAGCAGGGGAGGAGGAUGUACUCCUGAGCAAGAGUCCAUCAUCACUCAGUACAAAUGUCACCGGUAGCCCAAAAGGUUCACCUUCUUCAUCAAGAAAAAGUGGAACCAGCUGUCCCUCCAGCAAAAAUAGCAGCCCUAACAGCAGCCCACGGACUUUGGGGAGGAGCAAAGGGAGACUCCGACUGCCUCAAAUUGGCAGCAAAAAUAAAUUGUCCAGUAGUAAGGAAAAUUUGGAUGCCUGCAAAGAGAAUGGAGCUGGUCAGAUCUCUGAGCUUGCUGAUGCCUUGAGCCGAGGGCAUGUGUUAGGAGGCAGCCAAUCUGAGCUGGUCACUCCUUUGGACCAUGAGGUCACUUUAGCCAAUGGAUUCCUUUAUGAGCAUGAGGCAUGUGGCAAUGGCUAUAGCAAUGGUCAACUUGGAAACCAUAGUGAAGAAGACAGCACUGAUGACCAAAGAGAAGAUAUUCAUAUUAAGCCUAUUUAUAAUCUAUAUGCAAUUUCGUGCCAUUCAGGAAUUCUGGGUGGGGGCCAUUACGUCACUUAUGCCAAAAACCCAAACUGCAAGUGGUACUGUUACAAUGACAGCAGCUGUAAGGAACUUCACCCUGAUGAAAUUGACACCGACUCUGCCUACAUUCUUUUCUAUGAGCAACAGGGGAUAGACUAUGCACAAUUUCUGCCAAAGACCGAUGGCAAAAAGAUGGCAGACACGAGCAGCAUGGAUGAAGACUUUGAGUCCGAUUACAAAAAGUACUGUGUGUUGCAGUAAACUACCACUCUGGUUGCUAGACAGGCUGGUGGUGAGGGAGAUGACUCCUUGUAGCUGACAUUUGGCAGAAGCAUCACUGAAAGGCAGGCUAAAUGUAGUUAUUUUGUCCUGUGACCCGAAGCACAAAAUAAAAAUCCUAAUUAAAAUAACAGUCAACUUUAAGAAUAGUAAUAAUUUUGUUUUGAAGUCUCUCACAAGCUCUUUGGUAGAACUUUCAGGCAGAUCCCACCAUUAGCCUGUAAGCAAAAGGGUUUGGCAUCAACCAUCUGGGACCAAAUAAGAAUUAAAUUGUGCUUGUCCAGAUACGAACAGAUUUGUAGUGAGUAUAGAGUUUACCAGUAAUCAUAAUAAAAUACUAAGAAUUUCCUUGGAGUCAAAGUGAAAAACAAAAAAUUUGUAGUGUUGUCUGGGGACGACAUGAUACGCUACCUCCUUUUUCCUGAAGUUUUAUUCCAGUAUAUUGACAAGAUGGAGAAAGCAAGAUCAUGAAGGUGUGCAGAUGAUUCUUACGGUAUGGACACCGAUUCUCAAUUUUUUAACCCAUUUCCCCACUCUUGUCUUUUUUUGCUUUUUGUUCUUGUUGAGUUUGUGUUUGAAACGCAGUGACUGGUGUUAGAAGCAUAUAGUAGUCACUCUGCAAGGGAGAGUCUCAUAAAAACUAUGUGCCUUCUACCUGGGGUCUUAGUUGGGAUACUCGGGAGAAAGAAAAGCACUCUGUGGGACCCAGCUGAAGUGGCCCUCUUGCUGGGGCAUCUGUCUUUGGGGUAUCCUCAGAACCCUAUACCCCGUGCCCUGCUGAGGGGCAGGUGGCUGCCAGUAUUUGCACCAUCUUCCCAUGCAUGUGUUGCACAAAGAGCUUCCUGGAAGGUGCGUGGCAUCAAAGCCUGAUGGUGUUUCCCCUUAGUGGUGUUUCUUUUUGUUUCUUGUUUUGCACUUUAAAAAGAGAGAGAACACAUGCAGACAAAUUUACUUGUAUUUUAAUGGCUCUAAGGGCUAUGAAUUAACUCAAUUGAGGUAUUUUUCUCCAUCGUAUCAUAUUUAAAAAGAAAAAUACAUCCCAAGCAAUGAUAAUUCAUAAACAUAAAUAUUUUUAAUGAAAUUGAUACAUUUAGGAAGUAAACACGUUCUGUUGUUCUGUUUGCAUGUCUGUUCCCUUUCCACUUCCUCUUUUUUUUUUUUUUUUGCACUAGUCAAAAGGUAUGCUUUCUUCACUCAUUUAUUUUCUGAUUGUUCAAGACUGGAACAAAAGUAUAAAUGUUAUUUAUUUCUGACAGCAUUUUUUUCCUAUGUUGUGCUUUAAUAUAUAUUCAAAGCAAAUGUUUGAUCUGUUAAAAAUUUCAUUUCGAUCCUGGAAGCUUAUUCUCACUUGUUGUCAGGUUCUCUUACCCUCCAUCCUCACGGGUAGUAAAUACCAGUGUAAUGAAGCAUUUGUGUUCUGAUAGCUGAGGCCAGUAACUUCCUAGUUCUCAGUGCAUUUGGAAAAGUUGUCUUACAGCUGCCGAAGUGGACACCCUUUUCAGAAGAAUGUACUUGCAAGUGUGGAGCAGCCUAAAUGGUAUGAUGUAAUGAAGUCAGACAAAAUGCAUACUUUAUAGACUCAAGAUUUUCAGUAUACAAAAUUGUCCAUUCCUACUUGGACAAGUCCCUUGAAAAAGUGGAAGAUUUUAAAUAAUUUCCUUACGGAUGUUUUAUUUAAGCAGGUAGCACAAUCUACUAAUGUUGUUUGAUCUGUGUUUGUUAUAUUGGUUGUAAUUAAUUUUUUAAAUUCAAGAACUACCAGAAAAUUUAUUAAAUUAACUAUUAACUACAUUCACCUUGUAAAUUUCUGUAUAAAACUUGUUGACAAUGCACUGACUUUAGAAAGAUGUUAAUGUACAUAGAGUGUAAAUAAGAUAGUGUUGAUGUACUGAAAUAUGAACUGUAUAAAAAGUAUUAGUAAUUGUAUAUGGCGUGUACCUGUUUAUCUGUAACUAUUAUCCAAAUAAUUAAAUACUGCGGAUGUCUG